AUGCCUGGACCAAGGUUCUCAGGCGGGCCUAAUUCAGUCGAACAUUCCUCGAUUGAACUUGAUUCGACUACUCUGCAACCUAGUCUCGUACCGCCUGUGUUUUCCAACACCGCUGCUAACAUGGAUUCGCCCGAGUUCGUACUUUGGCCGUUGGCAUACUUCCCUGGACCUUCGGCGUCUAACAUGGGCUACCUUUCCACCGAGCCCAUGCUACUUCACCAGACAACUUUGGCCCAAUCACUCCACCCUUCCGCUGUACUGCCCCAUAACCUACAGCCUCAAUUAAUCUCAACGACAGCGACGAACAACGACGUCGGCUUCGAUGGUCCUUUAAUAAAUAUCCUACCCAAUUCGAACCAUUUGACGCGAUCGCAAAUGGCCGAACGAGCAUUCGAUCCAGAACAGGAAGAAGAUGACAACGAGGAGCUGGAUAUUGAAGGGCAAACCAAUCCUCUGCACUAUUCCACCGGGUGGCUUAUGGGCCUUUUUGAUCCGCUUAAAGUUGUGCACAACGCAAAGCAACUUGUGCUGCAUCAGUUUUUCUUCUCAGCCGCUUCUCGGUCUCGCGUCCUUCUGAUUGCGCGCUUGAUGAAUACGCUUGCAAACCAACAAGCUCUGGACGAACAGGGUUUGACAAUAUUGGGUUUACUCAGAGAUAGCGUAUUCAAGAACAUUAUUGGUUGCAGUCUACAGUACCCAAUCUCGGGCGAAACAAGGCGACAAGCGAGGGUUUCGUUGAGCAACAUUCAUGAGCUGGUGGGAAUUCAAUUGCAACCUCCCCCUCAGCUCGACGAUCAGCCUUCUCACAAUUGCAACUCCAGUAUUCUUAGCCGCCUGUCCGCCCCCUCAUCCUCCUCGUUUGUUCGAUAUUAUCUCGACCCUAGUUUGGAUCUUAGACACUUUGCAGCUGCAGAUAUCAUAUUGGUACGACAUUCCUUGGUCUCUCGAACUCUCCGAGAUCAAUUCAUUCUAGUUCUGGCAUACAUGAAUGGACUUAGGGAGGAUGCACGAAUACAGGCUUCCGGAGACUUGCGAGGACAAGGAUUCAAAACACGGACGGUACCUGGGCGAAGGCCCGAGAAGAAACUUGCGCAAAUCGAACAGCCAUUGGUUGGGUCAAGUUCGGCCACGCUUCAGUCGACUUCUGGAUCACCCAGCUACAAUAUUCUUGACCUCGAUCUGCUCGAACUGCCGCUUCUGCCCUUGGCCGACGUCCCUUUGCUGCUCGAUACAAGCCCUUAUGUUAUUGGCGCCACACCAUUCGUACAGCCAGCCUCGGCUGGACUGUUGGCCCGACCCAACAUGCUCUUUCAUAAUCCGUCUCAGCGUAGGUCGACUCUGCAUCUAGAGGAAGAUGACAGCGAACAGUCUGAUGUCGAAGGCGUCAAGUCAAUCAUCUAUGCCACCCCACAUUUGAACGACAUUGUGGACAACAGUUCGUUUAAUUUGUUCUACAGAACUAAACUCGAAGGCGACCUCCGCAGGAUACGCAUACUACCGGGCCAGAGCAAAGAUCCUGCGCUAAUGAUUAUACGCAUAGUCGUACAAGAAUGCUGGAGAUGUGUGUAUAUCUACUUUUACAUGGCGCUCUGCGGUGCACAUGCAGAGGACCCUCGAGUGCAGCACUCAUUAAAGAGGUAUAUGCGGUUGGUCAAUGGUAUCAGACCUGGCAGGAACCCGGAUGUGUUCCUAUUUACUCCGAUGGUCAUUGCCGGUGUCUCGGCCAUCAAGGCUAAACAUCGCCACACCCUCACCUCUCGAACAUUGGGGUUGCCCGAGCAUUCGAAACCUGGGACGACAGGGAACGAUUUAGGGCAGAACAAUGCUCAUCUGGCUCGACACAACCAUGUCUCCCGACAAAUCUCAAGGGCUUCCAAUCGGUCUAUUAACUCUCCCAUCGACCUGCUCGCCUCCCUGUUGAGUUUCGCACUCUCAGUCUUCAUGUUGACGAAACGUGCUCAGGCCCAACGCCGCUUGGCUACCAACGGCCCCAACGCCCUGUCUCCCCCACCUAGUAAUACUUUCCGCAAGGUUCUGGAAUGGAUUUUUGGUGGAUUUGGUUCACUUCUUCUCGCUGCUAGUAUUGUCUGCUUUAUUGCAUGGAAGCCCCUUGGAGAGCCGAACCCAGCACCCGCAAAUCUGGCACUGGCAGUUGUUCUACUAAUUGUUCUUCUACUCAAUGCUGUAUUCAAUAUGUGGCAAGGCCGCACGUUGGCUUCCCUUACCUCCCUUCUCCCAUCUGCAGUGACCGUACUCCGCGAUGGUCAACCUACUGUAACUCAGGCCAGCCAACUUGUAACCGGUGAUAUCGUCAUGCUAGGCACCGCGAAGGCCUUAUGGUCGACCGUGGUGUUGACUGGAGAGUCCGAACCUAUCCCGGCAAGCACUCAUUAUACCGACCAAAACUUCCUCGAAACGCGCAAUAUUGCUCUACAAGGAACAUAUUGCGUAUCAGGUAGCGGCAUGGGUGUUGUUGUUCAGGUCGGGGAUGGAACCUGGUCGUAUCGCACGGCUGUCUACUGGUCCAAUGCCAAUGGGAAAAAUGGGUUGACUGCUGGGCUCACCACUCUUCAGCUCAUUCUUUGGGCCGCAUGGUUGCGUCGCGACUACCCCAAUUAUAUAAACGUUCCAACACUCUUGAUUGACGUCGUAUCGGUCAUGGUCGCAUUUAUUCCUGAGGGAUUGCCAGUUGCGAUCACCAUGUCACUCGCCAAGGUGGCGCAUACACUCAGCAAGAAGAAGGUUCUUUGCAAGUCGCUCUCUAUUGUCGAGACCCUCGGUUCGGUUAAUGUCCUGUGCUCAGACAAAACCGGUACCCUCACUCAGAAUAAGAUGACGGUUCAAGACGUCGCUAUCUUUGAUACCGAAUACAGCGUCCUGGGGUUCCGAGAUGCGUCAAACGAAGGCCAGGGUAAUAAUAAUCUACGUCAGAUGAGCGCCGUCGCGCCAUAUGCAACUCGGCAAACUUCGCUUCCGAACUGA